CAAUAUCGCCGGUAGCUCCGCCUGUUGUCUCGCGUAUCCCCGCCCUUAGGCUGGCACCAGCCUUUCUGGAAGCCGCUGCUGUGCUCGCGCAGGUAGCCGCGCCCACAUGUUGGUGCCUGUAGCCCCGCCCACCUGUUGGCGCCUGUAGCCCCGCCCCUUAGUGCAGUGCUGUUGCUUGCUGCCCCCUGCUGGCCAGCCAGUGUGUUGACUCGCGGCCUGCCGCUCGGUGAUCGCAGCCAGCAGCGCGGCUCAUUGAUCUGUAUUUCGGGUUCAGGUACCGGCCGGUAUUUCGUGCAGCCAUGGCGACUCCAGCGUGGCAGCGGCAGCGCCUGCCCGGAUGGCGGCGGCGCUCGGACAACAUUGAACCCAUGAGCUCCAAGAGACGCAGAGCCACGUCCCCAUCCAGCAGUGUCAGUGGUGGAGACUUUGAUGAUUCCCCGCAUACCACAAGUACCCCAAACUCUGGCAGGAAAAGGAGGAGACUUGCUAAUGUGUCAACUGUGGAUCCAAUUGCCGUGUGCCAUGAACUUUAUAACACAAUCAGGGACUAUAAGGAUGAACAAGGUCGUAUACUGUGUGAACUCUUUAUUAGGGCACCAAAACGCAGAAAUUUGCCAGAUUACUAUGAAGUUGUCUCCCAGCCCAUCGACUUAAUGAAGAUCCAACAGAAAUUAAAGAUGGAGGAGUAUGAUGAAGUCAGCCUGCUUACUGCCGAUUUUCAGCUGCUUUUCCGGAACGCAAAAGCAUAUUACAAGUCUGAUACUCCAGAGUACAAAGCUGCAUGUAAAUUAUGGGAUCUAUAUCUACGCACAAAAAAUGAGUUUAUCCAAAAGGGCGACUGUGAAGAGGAUGAAGAGGAGGAGGAUGUACAGGACAGCGCAACGCCAGAAGGAGAUACUUCUCAAAAUUAUUUAAAGCCGAUCUUGGAACAGUUACUGGAAUCCAUUAGCACUGCUGCACACCCGAAUGGCAGACUGAUCAGUGAGCUCUUUCAGAAAGUUCCUUCUAAAGUGCAUUACCCAGACUACUACGCUAUAAUAAAAGAUCCCAUAGAUCUGAAGACCAUUGCUCAAAGGAUUCAGUCAUGUCAUUAUAAAAGUGUUAAUGCGAUGGCCAAGGAUAUUGAUCUGCUAGCAAAGAAUGCCAAAACCUAUAACGAGCCAGGUUCCCAAGUAUUCAAGGAUGCAAAUACCAUAAAGAAACUGUUUGCGCUUAAAAAGUCGGAAAUCGACUUUACAGAGUUUUCCAAGUCAAGUGUCCGUAUUAGGAACAAACGACCAGCGCAAGGGGAUAGACUGUCUGCUAUCACUAUGGCCUUGCAAUACGGGUCCGAGAGUGAGGAGGAUGCUUCUCUGAAUGCAACAACAUCUAUUCGCUUUGAAGAAGGCGAGUCGGAAGGUGAAAGCAUUACUUCUUUCAUGGACAUAUCUAGCCCAUUAUAUCAGCUUUAUGAGACAGUGAGAUCUUGUCGGAAUAACCAGGGUCAGCUGAUUGCAGAACCCUUCUUCCAUCUUCCAUCAAAGAAGAAAUAUCCAGAUUAUUACCAGCAAAUCAAGAACCCUGUCUCCCUGCAGCAGAUAAGAACAAAGCUAAAGAACCAAGAAUAUGAAAGUCUGGAUCACUUGGAAUCUGAUUUAAAUUUGAUGUUCGAGAAUGCCAAGCGCUAUAAUGUUCCAAAUUCUGCAAUAUACAAGAGAGUGUUUAAACUGCAACAGCUUAUGCAGGCGAAAAAGAAAGAGCUGGCUCGCAGAGACCUGGAUAUAGAGGACGGAGACAGCAUGAUUUCUUCCGCAACGUCUGAUACCGGUAGCGCAAAGAGGAAGAGCAAGAAGAACAUAAGAAAACAAAGGAUGAAAAUAUUGUUCAAUGCGGUCCUGGAGUCUCGGGAGCCGGUAACUGGCCGCCGCAUGUGUGAACUUUUUAUGUUCAAGCCGUCCAAAAAGGACUAUCCAGACUACUAUAAAAUUAUUCUAGAGCCUAUGGAUCUAAAAACGGUUGAGCACAACAUUCGUGCAGAGAAAUAUGCGACAGAGGAUGCGAUGAUGGAUGACAUGAAGCUAAUGUUUCGGAAUGCCUGGCACUACAAUGAGGAAGGCUCCCAGGUUUAUAAUGAUGCACAUGUGCUGGAGAAGGUCCUUAAGGAGAAAAAGAAAGAACUUGGUCCUUUGCUAGAUGACGAUGACAUGGCGUCUCCAAAACUCAAAUUAAGUAGAAAAAGUGGAAUUUCUCCAAAGAAAUCCAAAUAUCUGAGUCCUAUGCAGCAAAAAUUGAACGAGGUGUAUGAGGCGGUAAAGAAUUACACCGAUAAACGCGGCAGACGUCUCAGCGCCAUAUUUCUGCGACUACCUUCCCGCUCUGAGCUACCUGACUACUACUUGACUAUCAAAAGGCCUAUUGAUAUGGAGAAGAUAAGGAGUCACAUAAUGGCCAACAAGUACCAGGAUAUUGAUGCUAUGUGUGAGGACUUUGUGACCAUGUUUAAUAAUGCAUGCACUUACAAUGAGCCCGAGUCUCUAAUUUACAAAGAUGCUUUGGUGCUACAUAAAGUGUUAUUGGAGACCCGAAGAGAUAUUGAAGGUGACGAGGACUCCCAUGUCCCCAAUGUAACGUUGCUCAUCCAGGAGCUCAUACACAACCUCUUUGUGUCCAUGAUGAGCCAUCAGGAUGAUGAAGGAAGAUGUUACAGUGAUUCUCUGGCUGAAAUCCCUGCUGUUGAUCCCAAAUUUCCUAAACGCCCUCCUCUAACUUUCGAAAUUAUACGAAAAAAUGUGGAAAACAACCGCUACCGCCGGCUUGACCUAUUCCAGGAGCAUAUGUUUGAGGUUCUGGAGAGAGCACGGCGGAUGAAUCGGACCGACUCUGAAAUCUACGAGGACUCUGUGGAGCUCCAGCAGUUCUUUAUCAAGAUUAGGGAUGAGCUUUGCAAGAAUGGAGAGAUCCUCCUGUCUCCGGCCCUGAGUUACACCACAAAGCACCUUCACAAUGAUGUUGAGAAGGAGAAGAAGGAAAAACUGCCAAAAGAGCUUGAAGAAGAUAAGGCCAAAAGAGAGGAGGAGAAAAAAGAAGCAGAAAAGAGUGACGUUUCUGGCCAGUCUGGGCUGCACCGUACAUACAGCCAGGACUGCAGCUUCAAGAACAGCAUGUACCAUGUUGGGGACUAUGUGUAUGUGGAACCCGCAGAAGCCAUCCUCCAGCCACACAUUGUGUGCAUUGAGCGCCUCUGGGAGGACACUGCUGGUGAAAAGUGGUUGUACGGCUGCUGGUUCUAUCGUCCUAAAGAAACGUUUCAUCUCGCCACUCGCAAAUUCUUAGAGAAAGAGGUGUUCAAGAGCGAUUACUACAACAAAGUGCCUGUAAACAAGAUCCUCGGCAAAUGUGUUGUGAUGUUUGUGAAGGAAUACUUUAAAAUCUGCCCUGAAAACUUUAGAGAUGAAGAUGUGUAUGUGUGCGAAUCCCGGUAUUCAGCCAAAACCAAAUCCUUCAAAAAGAUUAAGCUAUGGACCAUGCCUAUCAGCUCGGUACGGUUUAGGCCUCGAGAUUUGCCUCUGCCUGUCGUACGGGUGGCCUCUGUGUUUGCGCUGAAGGAUAAGAUGGAUGAAGAUCUGCCCAGUGACAGCACCGAUGACAUCAAAGAAGAGGAUAUUACGAUAUGUUUGGAGAAGGAAAAGGAAGAUGUUCCCGUUGAUAUGCCCAAUGGGGAACCUGGUUGCUUCUACUAUGAGCAGCUUCGGUACAAUGACAUGUGGCUCAAGGUUGGGGACUGCGUGUUUAUUAAAUCUCAUGGAUUAGUCCGACCAAGAGUGGGCAGAAUAGAAAAAAUGUGGCUUCGGGAUGGAGCAGCUUAUUUCUUUGGUCCAAUAUUUAUUCAUCCUGAGGAGACUAUUCACGAGCCAACCAAAAUGUUCUACAAGAAGGAAAUGUUCUUGAGUAAUUUAGAAGAGACCUGUCCCAUGACCUGCAUUUUAGGAAAGUGCGGUGUACUAUCAUUCAAAGACUUUCUGUCUUGUCGUCCUACCGAAAUCCCUGAAAAUGAUGUACUGCUUUGUGAAAGUCGGUAUAAUGAGAGCGACAAGCAGAUGAAGAGGUUUAAAGGCCUGAAAAGAUUUUCCUUGUCUGCCAAAGUUGUAGAUGAUGAAAUUUACUACUUCAGAAAACCUAUUAUUCCCCAAAAAGAGCCAUCUCCCCUCUUGGAAAAGAAGAUCCAGGAUCUGGAAGCAAAAUUUGCCGAAUUGGAGGGUGGUGAUGAGGAGAUUGAAGAUAUGGUGGAAGAGGAGGGAGAGAUCUUGGAAGCCCCAUCUCUCCCACAGCUCCAAACUCCCAUGUCUGGUGAAUUAGAGCUCAUGCCAUACACCCCCCCGCAGGCCACCGCCGUGCUUUCAAGCUCCCCCCGAUGUACCGACGACCUGACGCCAGGGGUCAGGCUGCCCUCCCCUUCCUCAUUGACGCAAAAGGGGAACCUAACAGAGGCAGAGCCCAUUGAAAAACCCAGUGACAGACAAACGAAAGAUGGCGACCCAGGGGAGACAGUGGACAGCAAAUUACCCAAACAGGUUUUAGACAACGGAAAGUCGACGCCUAAGUCUGGCAAGAACAGCACUAAGAAAGAAGGAGGGAAGAGGAAGAUUAAUAUGAGUGGUUACAUCCUGUUCAGUAGUGAAAUGAGGGCAGUUAUAAAAGCCCAACAUCCUGACUACUCAUUUGGUGAACUUAGUCGGCUAGUAGGAACUGAGUGGCGGAACCUUGAGGCAACCAAGAAAGCAGAUUAUGAAGAACGUGCCGCCAAAGUGGCAGAGCAACAAGAGAGAGAGAGAGCUGCCCAGCAACAACAACAACAACAGCAGCAGCAGCAGCAGCAGAACUCCUCUCCCCGAGCCGGCACACCUGUGGGAGCUCUUAUGGGUGUUGUUCCUCCGCCAACACCAAUGGGGAUGCUCAAUCAGCAGAUGACACCGGCCCCAGGUAAACAAGGCAUGAUAGGGGUCUACCCGCCUGGCCUGCCACACAUGCAGGGCUCAGUUGAUGGCAUUAUUAGCAUGGGCAGCAUGCAGCCUCAUCUUCAUGGGGUGAUCCCACCCCCCCACCUCCUUCCACCAGGUAUACCAGGCAUUUCGGGCAUUCCGGGCAUCCCGCUGCAGGGGGUGAUGGCACAAGGAGUGACUUCCAUGGUAGGAUCACCUGCAGCUGGAAAUAAUCCUUACAAUCAGCAGAUGGGACUACUAGUGCCACAAGGUCAACAGGCGCCACCACCUUAUCCUGGUCAAAAUCAAGUUAGUCAGCCGGUCAUGCAGCAGCCUUCAACCCCAGUGUUUGUGGCACCCCCUCCUAGGACGCAGAGGGUACUUCAUUCAGAAGCCUACUUGAAAUACAUUGAAGGGUUAACAGCUGAGUCUAACUGCAUCAGCAAAUGGGACAAGACUCUUUCAGCUCGAAGACGAGAUGUCCAUUUGUCCAAAGAACAGGAGAGUCGACUUCCUUCUCACUGGUUGAAGAGCAAAGGGGCCCACACAACCAUGGCCAAUGCAUUAUGGCGUCUUCGAGAUCUCAUGCUUAGGGACACCUUAAAUAUCCGCCAGGCGUACAGCCUUGAAAAUGUCUAAUUUCACACCAUGGUUUCCUUCAUACCAAGAUAAUAAGUUUUGUGGAACAAUUGAUGUUUUUAGUGACUGGAGAGAACCAGGCAAAUAUUUUUUAUUGCAUUUUCUGUACAUUGUAAGACCAUUUUGAUAUAAGUACAUUUUUAAUAAGCUUAUUUUGAUUGUGUUGUUUUUUUUUUUUUGUAUUAAGUUGAUGUCAAUACAAGAUUUUUACAUCUCUUCAGUUGUGUUUUUGGGGUUUAGUGUCAGGGAUGCUCAUUGGAGAUUGGAGAGUCGGAUACACUGUUUUUUAUUGUUGUCGUGGAUUAGGCUGUACCACACAAUGCCAUUAUUUUAAAUUAAAUAUUUUUGUCACUACA